UAUAAACAUGGCCCCACUUCUCUCCUCAGGAUUUUUGUUUACAUACGUCCAUACGUGCGUGUUGUGCUGUGACGGUGUCACAACCUCGGAAGACAAACGACUUCCCCUGCCGAGGCUCGACUUUGGGCUUCUGCGCUUCAAGGGGGAGAACCUUUUGGAUUUGAGGGUCCUCUAAGCUAUUCCUGUUUAGAGCUGUCAAACCAGUUGCUGCCAUUUCACCCCCAAACAUGUACAGCUCCAGCUAUUCCCGGGCCAAGUUUGGCCUGGAGGCAAGGGAGCCUUUGCACAAGCCCAAAGGCAAGAGCUGUGGCUACUACAUGAGGAUCGUGUUCUUCUUCUCCUCACUCAUCCAGUCCCUCAUCAUCGUCAGCCUGGUGCUCUUCCUCAUCUACGGGCAGCCGGAGAAGUCAGCCGAGGAGAUGAGAGUCAAGGAGCUGGAGCUGGGCUUCAACAGACUAAGUGACAACAACAUCGAGCUGAGGAAGGAGAAGGGCGAGCUGAGAGCUCAACUCGGGGCACGCACGUCGGAGAAAGAUGCUCUGGAGAAACAGCUGGAGCAGCUCAGGAGCGUUGCCAACGCCGCAAAGCUUGACCUAAUGACUAAAUUAGCCAAUUGUGAGAGGCAGAUUGUGACAAUACGAAUGAUGCGAUGUCCCACUGCCCCCAUACAGCAGCCUAUUGUGGUUACUACGAGCAAUGAGCUCAAAACUUUGCAGAGCCUCAAUGCGCAGCAGAGAGCCAUGAUUGAGCUCAUUGAGGCCAACUUCAGCCAGACGGUCCGCUACCUGAGUCAGGAGAGGGACAACGCCCUCAAGGAAAGAGACGUCCACCACCAGGACGUCAUCGCUCUCCGCAGAGAAAACAUCAUGCUGAAGGAGCAGCUCACCACCUACACCAGGAAAUGUAAAGAAGACUUUGCUCAUUCUCUGGAUGGGAUCCAAUCGGUGACCAGGGAUUUUCUGAACAAAAUCAACAACCUGUUCCCCCACCAGAUGACCUUUCACCUCACCUGUGAGAGCCAGCAGGAGCAAAUGGAGAAGAUAAGAAACCGCUGCACCAACCUGUCCGGAGACGUGGAGAACAAGUUUCAAUUGUAUUUGGACAACGUGGGCAACAAGGUGGCUCAGAUUCAAGGUAUGUCGAGUCGACUGGAGGUGCAAAACUCGCACUUGAGCGCUGACCUGCAGCGGUGUGAACACAACCGUAGCGACAUACUCGCCGAAGUCAGCAAGCAGCUGCAACUCAAGGAGAAGAACCAUGACGAAGAGAUGGAGAAACGGCUGAUUGAGAGUAGCCAGCUAAGAGAACAGAAACAAUUGCUGGCAGACAACUUAGCGCUUAGAGAAAACGAGCUGCAGACCCUGAGGGCAUUGCCCAAUUGCAAGGUUGGUUUGCCACAACCUGCGGGUGGGCUGUUGGUCCAACAGCAGAACAAACAAACCGCUGCCAAGUGACCCGCUAUUAGAGCACCGAGUCUCAGCAAAACACCAACGGUGAGAUGAAUUGCUCCAUUAAAAAUAUGCGUGGAAGCACCAUUGGCGUAAAAACAAGAUAUACGUAUCAAGACACAACACACAUGACAAAGAACAACCUGUAAAUAUACCGAUGUCACAUGCACUCAUGAUUGAUUCUCACUUUGAUUGCUUUGUAAUAAAUGUGUGUGUAUCCCUGAAGUCAGGUUCAUGUAAAAACAGAAUGUGACACAGGUGUAAAUAUUGCUUGCGGUUGGUACUCACUUUGUUUAUAAACUAAUAUUGUUUCUUUUUCACUUUAAUAAAUUAAAAUGAACCAUCAAAAUGU